AUGGCUUUGAACUUUUGCCUGGAGGCUGAACUCACAGAUGAUUUGACUGAUUGUUCUGAGUUUGGAAACAAAUCCUCUCUUGAGAACCUUAGGUCAGCAGGAAUACGGGGGGUUAUGUAUUUAUUCAUAACAGCAGUCUUCAUUCUCACCGUCUUUGGGAAUCUGGCCAUAAUCAUUUACAUCUUGUAUUUCAAGCAGCUCCAUUCUCCAAACAAUUUCCUCAUCUUAUCCAUGGCUAUAACAGAUUUUCUGCUGGGCUUUGCCAUUAUGCCCUACAGCAUGGUGAGGUCUGUAGAGAACUGCUGGGUUUUUGGAAUUAUAUGCUGCAAGGUUCAUAGUUUUGACUUGAUGCUCAGUUUAGCUUCCAUUUUCCAUCUUUGUUCCAUUGCCAUGGAUCAGUUUUAUGCAAUCUGCCACCCUCUGCAUUACUCUAGCACCAUGACUGCCACAGCCAUAAAACAAUUGGCUGUGUGCUGGUCAGUGCCUGCUGCUUUUGCUGUUGGUGUGGUUUUCUCAGAAGCUUAUGCUUCUGAAAUUGAGGGCUAUGAAAUGUUGAAUAAGUGCUUGGGCUUGUGCCUGAUUGUGUUCAACAAACUGUGGGGGGCUUUCUUAUUUACAGUCUGUUUAUCUGCUCCUGCUUAAUAUAUAGGCAUUUAUGUUAAAAUUUUUACUGUCUCCCAAAGGCACACAUCAAAGUUGAGCCAGGCACACAGGCUCUCAAAAAAUAAUAAGAAACUUGAGCUUUCUAAGAAUAAAGACAGGAAAGUUGCUAAGAGUUUGAGUAUUAUUAUGCUGGGUUUCUUAAUAUGUUGGUUUUCUUGUUUUUUUGCAAUCUUAAUUGAUUCAUUUUUAAAAUUUUCCACUCCUUUGCCUCUGUUUGAUUCUCUAAACUGGCUUGGAUAUCUAAAUUCUUUCUGCAAUCCAUUAAUAUAUAGAUUUUUCUAUCCAUGCCUUCGGAAAACAUUUAAAUAUAUCUUAAAAGACAAAAUAUUUAAUCCACAUUUUCGUACAAUAAAAAUUUUAUCUGAAGAUCAGUCACAGCAAUAG